AUGGCUCCUCCUACCAAGUUUGCGGUUGCGCUCUUUCCGGGCUUCCAGGCUUUGGAUGUCUUUGGGCCACUAGAUACGCUAAACUACAUGUCCAAGCGACAACAUCUUGAGCUCUCACUACUCCAUACCUCGCUAGAGCCUGUAUCAACUUUGUUAGAAGAUGGUACUUCUGGCCGUAUUGGACAGAGUAUUGUUCCAACACAUACCUACGAGACUGCCCCAGACGAUAUUGAGGUGCUUCUUGUGCCGGGCGGCAUGGGAGCCAGAGAUGCGAACAAUGUGAAACCGGUUCGAGAGUUCGUCAAGGAGAGAUAUCCUAAGUUGAAGUUCUUGUUGACUGUUUGCACGGGAAGUGCAAUUGUAGCACAGUCUGGCGUGCUGGACGGCAAGGAAGCGACGUCCAAUAAGAGAUCGUUUGACUGGGUUCAAUCCCAGGGUCCUAACGUCAAAUGGGUGCGAAAGGCGAGAUGGGUUGUAGAUGGGAACAUCUGGACUUCCUCGGGCAUCACCGCCGGUAUAGAUCAAAUCUAUGCCUUCAUCGCAGAUCAGUAUGGUCAAGAACUUGCAGAUGACACGGCGAAAGGGUCUGAGUAUGUUCGCAACACUGAUUCUAAGGAAGAUCCUUUUGCUGUGUAA